AUGGCAACAGCAGCCGAAGCCUUUAAAAUGGGCUUAAAGAAGGAUUCUCCCUUUUAUGAAGAUCUCGUAAUGACUCAAUGCAAGAGGAUGGAUGAAGUCAGAAGCAGAGCAUUGAGGUUCAUCAGGCUCGAAGAAGAGAAGGAAAUCCAAAAGAGGAGCAACCCGCCAAGCUCUUAUGAUCACCUCAAUAGGAAGGCCGAUUCCUUGGCCCAAAGAUCCUAUAAAUCAAAACCUUAUUCCAAACCUGAUCAUCACAGGGAUCUUGGAAACAAAGCAAGAUGGACAAGAAAAGGAGAAAAAUCCACAACUUGGAAAGACAAGUCCAGAUGGUGUGCAUACCAUGAAGACUUUGGUCACGUUACAGAAGAUUGCAUAGCCCUCAGAAAGGAAAUCAACUAUCUCCUGGCAAAGAGUCACGCCAAGGUGUCCAAAACGGAGAAGGGAAAAGGACCACAGAAGAACACAUCGAUCACAAACAAAAAGGAGAUCACAUUCGACGAAGCGGAUAGACAAGACAUACAGGAUCCUCACCAUGACGGAUUAGUGAUUACUCUCUACAUCACCAACCAUUUCGUUAGAAGGAUCCUUGUUGAUGCAGGAUCUUCAUUCAACAUCAUACUCCUGGAUGCAUUGAAGAGAAUGAACAUCCCGGAGUUUGAGAAAGUUGCAAGAUCCUCCGUGUUGAUUGGAUUCAGCGGUAGACCAUGGAUCCACAAAAUGAAGGUCGUCCCUUCGACAUAUCAUCAAUACAUAAAGAUGCCAACCCCAUGCGGGAUAGUGAAGAUCAUAGGGGACCAACAAGAAUCCAAGGAAUGCUACACGACUUUGAUGAAAUCCUCAACGGUGCCACAACAAGCAUAA